AUGAAGCGGACGACGAGCAUUCGGUUGCAGAGCAACCUCGCGCGCGCGAAUAGCGGUAAAGACGGAAGGCAAUUGCUAGAUGCUAUUGCCGAUGUCCACUAUUUCAUAUCAGUACCAGAAGAGCGACCGUCACAUUCGACCUUUGAAAGAGGCACCAAAGUGGGGUUAUUUUUAAAAGAGGAUACUGGAAGAAUACGAAUAAGAUUCCACGACGCUGUAAACCCGAAGAACUGCGCUUUAUCUGGAGAUAUCUCGGUGCUCCGCCUCGAGUUCGGUAAUGAUCAAGAAUGUUUUGUCAGGGCGGAAAUAGAUUAUGGAGAGGAUCACGGUGUAAGCUUAGGCAGCGAUUGGAUGGUUGCUGCCCCGGAUGAGUGCAACGAGGGUAUGCAUAAUUGGAGACCGUUUUGUGUCGACCUUUACUUCUGGAAGCAUUCAAUGGCCGAUUACUUUGCCCGAAUUGUCGAAGAGUACCAGAAGCGACUACAAGCCCAGCAAGCCCAGCAAGCCCAGAUACAACAAGUACAGGCAGAAGCAAAAUUAAAAGCUAUUUCGCCAAUACGAGAACAGCCGCCAUCAAGGACACCGAGUAAUAGGAGUUCGCAGUUAGCCAGGACACCGGAACCUGAAAUGCAAUUGAAGACAAGGACUUCUAACAUUGAGGAUGAAGACGAUGAGGAAAUGUUCAAGAAAAAUAUCAUGUCGGUGGAUUGCUUGGACUCCCACACGAGCGAGAUUUUUCCUGUAUCAGGGGGAACCAUGGAAUGCAGGGUUAUCAAAAACCAAGUUAAGAAGACAACAAAAAUACGGGUAUCAGCACCAAUAGAUGGAGGCUAUAUCAAACUUUGUUACACGCUUACUGACCGUAGCUUCCCUUAUCAACUUCCCGAGUCCACAGUUCAGGUUCGCUUCAUGCUCGUAGAAAAGAGCGUAACUGCAAACCCUGGCGCAAACAUCGAGCACAUCAUCGAUGCGGCUCCUGUCGAUAGUCCUACCUUUCAAUUUGAGCAAGACGACCACGCGCAGAUAUUCUUGGAGUGCCUGAGAGGCGAGCAACUAUUGCUAAAUAGUAUUGUUGAUUGGGUAAGAUGCACAAGAGAGCUAAAAGAGGGAGAAACGUCGACGGCGGGGCCUCAUCCGGCAAAUUUUACAUGUGCAGACGAUAGACGGGUGCAAUUGUGGGAGAAUGAGCUGGGUUUUAUCAAUAUUGUUUUUCAUAGGCAGUUCCACCUAGUAUCCGCAUUCGUCGCCCCGAGCACGCAAGUCGAGGCAGAAGCAGAAGCUAGUACGUUGAAGGUAUCAGGCAUCAAGAUUAGAAAACUUGAGCAGUCGCCUACUCUAGACGCAAAGGAGCCGUGGAGAACAGAAGGGUCACCAGCAGUUCUGAAGUUGCGAUUCGUCAGCCCCGAGCACGUUGUAUCGUUCCGAGACGCGGUGCUAAGACAUCGAGAUGCGACAGCAAUGAUGUACCCGGAAGUUGCAAAGACUCUAGCUAAAUCAAUAGCCCAUGAGAACCCGGGAGCCAGUGUUCCACCUCCACCGCCCCCAGAAUUUCGACAUCAGCGGGCAAUGUCUGCCUCUGGCGGCCUUCCUCCUCCACCGACUUCACCACCCCAGCAAUAUCCUGCUUCUCCACAGUCUCCACCAGCCCACCAAACAAGCUUCACAGGCUACGGCCUAACGCACAGCCAAUCCGUCCGGAUUAAUCGCCCGCCUCCCCUCCCUAUGUUUCCGGGCCAGCCCGGCUCUUAUGUCCCAGGCUCAAUCAACAGCCCGCGUUACAACGCCCAACCUAGUCCGAUGACCGGCACUUUCUCUCCCGGUAACAUUGGCACAUUUCCGAUCUCUGCCUUCCCCUCGCCACCUGGUGCGAACUCUGCAAUGCCAUAUCAGUCUCCAGCCGCAGUAGCAAGCGGCGCAUUACCUCAAAUUCAACCUAUGAGUAACGCCGGAUAUUUCCCAGCCACAAUAACACCCAUGACACCUGGUCUUCCAUCAGCAAAAUUCCCACCGCCAUUGCAAACUUCAAUGAUCAUAACUUCUUCGCAAGCUCAAGCAGCACAGCAAGCCCAGCAAGCCCAGCAACAGCCACCCGCGACACCCAUUCGUGAACAUAUGCGUAAAAAUUCUUUUGCGACAAGGAACGACACAAUACAGGAGUCUGUACAAAUCGAACCCGUUGAGCUCCCUGCGAGUUUCCCGGAUGCACCGCCCUAUGAAUCUGAACCAAGAAAGGAAGAAAGAGACAGCCUUAUGAUAAGGAGGUUCCCGAAGGAUGAUGAUAUCGCCGAGGAAGAAGAGUCCGAAGUUAGAAGCGGGUAUAAUCCUCUCGGAGGGAACGUUUCUAUUCCAAUUGCACCUGUCACAACGAGGGCGACUGGAGGCGGAGAAAGAGAACAAAGCGGCGGGGGUAAGAUGUCAAGAGUCUGGAAGAAGCUGAAAUAA